CAGGCCUCUGUCCUCUAUAGUGCCAACUGAAAAUCUUUAGAUAGGACUAUAUUCUCUUUUAAUAUAUAAAUGAAAGGCAUAUUAAAUAAUUUCUAUCAUAUGGUGAAUGAAUAUCAAAUUAAAAGUGUUGUGAAAUGUUAGCCCAGUGAUGUGAAAUGAUGGCUUUGACUCCAUCAACGCAUACUUCUGCUCACGUUAUUCCUAUAAAUAGCCCUAUAUGCAGUAUAUGUCAAAUUAAUGAAUCAGCUAUCUGGAGAAAAAUAAAAAAUUAUGGAAUUAUUUGUAAUUCUUGUUAUAUCCUACAAUAUCUUGAUAAACUGUCAAAUAAUCUAGCUCAGGAUAUAGCAAAAACAUCAUCUGAUAGCACAAAUGUUAGAAAAAGUCAAAGAGUUAAAAAUAUGCAACAGAGAGUUUUAUACCCUAAUGCAUUAAAUAAAGGAAAGGGUCGAAGAUCAAUAUUUUUCAAGCAAAACUCAACAAUUAAAACCUCUUCAGUUUUAAAUAAUAUUAAGACCUCAAAUUUUUUAUACAACCAAGGAAUAUUCUAUCAAAUUGGAGAUAUUGUUGCUUUGCUAGGAAUGACUAAUAAAACUUAUUAUGCUCAAAUAAAGGGCUUUAUGACAGAUGCAUACAUGAACAAAAGUGCUUUGAUACAUUGGCUAAUUCCGAUUGAAGAAUUGACAUAUAAUGAGAAAUUUGAUCCAUAUAAAUUUAAAUUAGCUUACGAGGAAAUCACACCAAGAAAUAUGAAUUACAUGGAAUUUGUAUGUAGAUUACCUCCCAAUUAUUUUACCAGUUCUAGUCAUAAGACAUUAGAUUUACAUAAUUUAACUAGCGCUGGCUACAUUAAUACAACUAUACAAAAUGUUUCUAAAUAUUCAUAUAAUAAUGCUACUAUAAAAUCUUCUGAAAAUGAAAUAUUUUUAGGGAUAUAAAAAUACUUGUAAAAAUAUUUAUAUUUUAUGGAUGUAUUCGAUUUAUCACAUAUUUAUUUUAAGAUGCCUUAAUAAAAUAAUUACAAGUUUUUUUAUUAACCUGUGUUUUUAUAUAUAUCAAAUAUUUUAAACAUUUUAUGAGGGUAAUAAUUAGGUUAAGUUUAUUUAGCAUCUUUAAAUUCCUUUUUUUAAAAAUAAGCUUGUUUCCAAAAUAUCAUUUAAUAUUAUUAGCUUUUAUGAAUAUAAAUUAUAAUAUAAACAUCUACUUAAGUUAAAUGUAUGAAUUUUGUAAAUUUUAUCUUUCAUUUAUUUUGCAAAUUAUUUAGGGAAAUUGAAAAGAAUAAAGAUGUAGGAUUUAUAUUAUAAUUUUAAUUUUUCAACUGGUUAAU